AUGAAGAAAGCUGGAGGCGGCAGCCCCGGCGCCGCUGCCGGCCCGGCCGCCCGGCCAGCUUUCCCUCGCCCGCCCGAGCCCCGCUCAUUUCCGGCUCGGGGCCGUCUGCGGAGCUGUCGGCGCCUCCGCUCGCUCGCUGCCCCAGGCAGUGCGGCCGCAGGUGCCCGCGCCGCUCCGCUUCCCCUUCGCCGCGUCAGCUCUUCUGUUUAUCCCAGCCCUGGGGGAAAAGACUCUGAGAAGAUGGAGAACCAAAGGGGAGAACUCCUGGGAUAUGGCCACUGGGAAAGAGAAGAGGAAGGGGAUGAGGAAUAUGGGGUGUCUCCUGGUGCUUCUCCUUCCAGCCAAAUGAGCAAACUGGAAGAUGUCCAGGUGGAGGUGCUCGAGAAGGCAAGGGAACUCUUCCAGCUGUGUGACAAGGACGAGAAGGGCUUUAUCACCAAGGUGGACAUGCAGCGGCUGCAGAGCGAACUCCCCCUGACCCUUGAGCAGCUGGAGACUGUUUUUGACAGCUUGGAACAGAACAAUAAUGGAUACCUCACGCCUGUGGAGUUCAGCAUGGGAUUAGGAAAGUUAAUAGAGAUUGAAUUGUGUCAAGGGGCUGGGAGAAUGGAUCACUCCAGACACGAGGAGACCUUUGAGUCAGGCUGGUCAGAUGACUUGGAUCCGGCAGUUGAUGAUGAGGAGAAACGAUUCUGUUCCAUGAUGGAACAGCUUGGAGCAGCCCAGGUGUUUGAAGAUCCAUGUGAGAUUCGGGAGCUGUGGGCUCGGCUCCGGAAGGAGCGGCCGGAGCUCUUAUCCAACUUUGAGGAGUUUCUGCUGCGUGUUUCGUCGUACAUACAGGAGGUGAAUCGCGAGAAGGAGUCCAUGGAACAGGCACUGAAGCGGAAGGAGACAGACCAUGACCGAGAAGUCAGGUGCCUUUACGAAGAAAUGGAGCAACAGAUCAAAGCAGAAAGGGAGAGGCUUAUCUGCCAGGAAGCACUGAGACAUGAUAGGAGUAACCUGCUCCAGAAGGAACUGCGCAGCAAAGAGCAGGAGCUGGAGAAAAUCCUCUAUCGCCAGAAGAAGCUGGAACAUCAGCUACAGUCACUGAACUCGGAGCAGCUGGAGACGCGUGUGCAGAAUGAAAGGCUCCGGCACCUGAAUGAAAACCUGCUGGAAGAGCUGGAGAAAAGCAAAUGGGAGCUGGAGGCAGUGAAGGGGCAGUUACAGAAGCUCCAGAAAGAGGCUCAGCUUGAGCAAGAGCAGAAGGACAGGGAUGUGUUUAGAGUCUCCAAGAACAUGCAGAAAGAGAAACAAAGCCUCCUUCGGCAGCUGGAGCUCCUCAGAGAGAUGAACAAGAAACUUCGAGAUGAGCGAGAUACCUUUGAAGCCAAGAAGCUGGCUCCUCAGAGCAAAAAGCCCCUGUUGAAGAAAGGGUUGGUGCUAGGCAGUCACCUGCUGGACGACAAGCUGGUCAAACGACAGCUGGCACCUGCAGACCUUCCCUUCACCUUCCCGGGGGAUGUGGCAGUGGAAGAACCCAACAGAAAGAACUGUAAAUACUUCCCAGGCAACAGGAUGUGGUUGAAGACAGGAGGAGAGAAGAGCAGAGACAAGGAGAGAUUGGCAUUGGCAGCAGAUGCUGAGUGGUUGAAGAUGACUUUAAAGGGCAAUGCUAACGGUAGAAAAACUGCAGAUGGAUUUCAUGACGCUCCAUUGCCUCCUAGAGAACAGCCUGUUGGCACUGAAACUAGGCUCCAGGCACUGGACCCAGCCAGCUGUUCCCCAGACCGCAUCUUUAAAGUGGUGUUUGUGGGGAACUCCGGUGUUGGGAAGAGUUCCUUCAUCCACCGCUUCUGCUACAACAGGUUCCUGGCUGAGCUCAAUGCAACCAUCGGUAUUGAUUACCAGGUGAAGAGUCUGAUGGUGGAUAACACUCAGGUUGCUUUACAGCUGUGGGAUACAGCAGGACAAGAAAGGUUUCGGAGCAUUACCAAGCAGUAUUUCCAGAAGGCAGAUGGGAUUCUGGUGAUGUACGACGUUACGGCCGAGUGCUCCUUCACGGCAGUGCGGAACUGGAUGAGCAGUGUGCAGGAAGGUAUCGAGGAUGGAGCUGUGGUCUUUCUACUUGGAAAUAAAAUGGAUGCUGUGCAGAGAGAGAUCCGGAAUGUGCCCAAGGCAGAGGGUGAAAGGCUGGCAAAGGAAUACAAGGCUGUCUUCUACGAGUGCAGUGCAUUGACUGGCUACAACAUUGUGGAACCAAUGCUACACAUGGCCAGAUUGCUGACAGCACAAGAAGACAGGCAGAGAGAGUGUGCCCUGCAUCUGGAAGAUGUCAGCAGGAGGAAAGGGUGCUGUGCAUAAGGCACAUCAGUGUGUCAGCAAGAGGCUUGUGCCGGCACUGUGUCAUGAAGCUGGGGUUCCUUUCAAGCAAGCCAAAUCUGAUGGUUUCAGCUCUGCAGAGACUUGGGGAAGCUGCAGCUUUUCCUCAUCGGGGAGUUUCAAGGCACUAGAUCAGACCAAAAGGUGCAUAUGACCUCCAAAGUUCCAUUUGCCAGCUCUAUGCACAGCCCUGGUCUCUGAAGGCCACUGCUGCUUUGGGGGAACUGGACUGGUCUGGCCACCAGCACCAACUGGGCCUUCUGUCUGAAGAGGCCUCUUCUCUGUAAAAGGAUGAAGGCUUGUUCAUUUUCUUUCUGGUAAAGAAGUGGCCUGGUAGCAGAAAGUGGAGGAGACAGUGGGUGCUGUGUUAAUAGAAUUUUAGUGUAAGAGAGAAAAAAAUUGUUUUCCAUUUGGGCUGGCUCUAAGGUAGUGACCCUUCUGUCUCAGAGCAGCAUCUCCUUGAGCUUCUGUCACAGCAGCGCCCAACUGAAACCCAGAGUUCUCAAUCAGGCCCUGUAUUUACUGUGAAAUUUGGUUUGACUGGCCAGUACUGUAUUUACAUGUGGAUAUAGUAUGAACUGAUAAAAUGAGUCAUCCCCAUGGCUUUCUUCAGUUUGUGUUACCCUAAUGGACCUCGUUGCUUCUCCUCUCCGCUGUUUACUGGACACAGAGCAGUCACCCUGGGACUCAGUGCUGCCGCAUGCUGCUGAUUCAUGACCUGGUGCAGGAGCUCUGCUGUGCAUGCUGGCAGGCCAUAUACAGCCUGUUUUGAGGCUGAACGCUGCCUGUUUCCUCCUGUUCUCUUAUCCUUUCUGGAAGAACUGCCAGCACAGUGUGGAGCGAUCCCAACCUGUGAGCGUGGCCGCGGUGCUUUCUGUCCCUGGGCCAGGUGCACAGGCCUGCGCCACACGUACCCACUGAAGCUUUUUCUCGCAUGAUGACAUCAUGCAAUAACCUCCGUUUCCCAGUAAAGGGCCUGAGAAAGGGCAGGCCUGAAAUCAUUCCUGUUGAGAAGGGCCCUUCUUAUCGCUAAGGAGUGGGGUGAGCAGGCCGAGGGGAAGCACGGGCUGAGGGAGCAGUUGGCCCCAACAGUGUGCCUCUCGCAUAGCUGCCGUGGUGCCCGUGCGUGAAGGAAGGUUCCCACGUGUGAAGAAGGUCCUGCUGCUCUCUGGGGUGUGAUGCUCUGUUUGUACUUUGCUUGCUUUUGCAGCCCUCUGGGACAAAAUGAGCUUUUUUGGUAGUGCCCCCUUCCUGUUCUUCUUUGAGCCCAUUUCUAUAUGCGAUUGCUAUUUUAGGUGCAAGAUGUGAUCCUGCAGCUGUGACACAGCCCCCUCAGCCUUGCAGCACGGGCAAGGCCUGUAGUUAUUCAUUAUCUUGCCUCUCUUGGGAUAAGGUGAUUACUCUGAACAUCUGUUUAUUGCACAGAUUUCUUUGGGAAUGUCCCAUGCAGGAAAAGUGCUCUGAAUGCCUACAGCCCAUCAGCAUUACAAAGAAUUUCCAUGGUUCCUCCCAC